UGUCACUAAACGUAGAAAAUCAACCGCAGUGCCACACUCCACUCGACGACAUCCCGUCAUUUUUCUUUCCCUUUUUUCUUCUUCGACACCGAACCAAUCAGAUUCUCUCUUCCGUAAACCCUAAAAUGUUCGAACCGAUUAUAUAUAUUUUUUAAAACAAUGAAGUUGAGAUUGCAUGUCGAUUUUGUUUGGGGGGACUGAAAUUCAUAAUCUCCCAAAAAUGAACAGAUAAUUUUUCGUCAUUGAGGUGUUUUUAGGGUUUGUAUUCUUCCAACUUUUAAUUGAAGACGAUCAUUCAUUCAUUUUAGUUGAUCCUUCUGAAGUAACAACCAAAAGAGCGGUUUAAUCGAUUUUUAACUCGUUUAGAGUAACUUCAUGGCAGAGGCUCCCCGGGGCCGUGUUACUAUUACUCUCGGACGUAGUGGCCAGGUUGUGAAGAGGUCCGGAGCUGCAUCGGAUGAUUCUCUUCCUGUUGCUGGAACUAAGCGGUCUGUAAGGGAUAGAUUAGGAGGCAAUAUAGAUAGUUCCUUGUUGAAUGGCGGUCAGCUCAACAACAAAAGACAAAGAGGCGAUGGUCAAAGAGCAAGUUUGAGUGAUCUCCACAUUGGUAAAGAUGACCUCCGGUUUAAACUCCUGCAAAAGAGUGCAUUUAGACGGGUUCAGAGUGACAAUAACCAGAAGGGUAUGGACCUUCGUCAAAAGUUGUCAAGACUGGGACAGCCUCCAGUUAACAGUUAUGAGACACGUCAGCAAAUGCCUGAUUCGAAGGAGAGAAUACCUGAACCUAGAGAUCGCAUGCCUGAAUCAAGGGAAACCAGUAUCUUGGGGAAAAUUCCUUCUACAAGAAGCAUGGAUGAUUUCCCUCAUGUGACCACAUCAAUUUCUUAUUCUCCUUGGACUUUAGAUCAUUUAAGACAAAGAUCACCUGACAGAGUAAUGGGUGCUUCUAGGGGUUUAUCUCCUCCAAGAAAUGUUGAGCUACAGAGAAGGCCAGUGGGCAGGACAUAUGAUGAUGUGAGGACAGUUCCAUACAUGGGCAAAGAUGUUGCUGAUGCUCUAAGGCCUGUGAGUACAGCAUCUUUUGUUACAAAGUCCACUUUGCCUACAACUUCAGCUAAGCCUAUGCCACCAGGGCCCCCAAUUCCAAGUACAGUUCCUCCAAGCAAUAUUGUACAAAAAAGUUCAUACUUGGGUGAUGAACAACAAACUGUUGAAGGCUUGCUACAUUCCCUGGGACUGGGAAAAUAUGCUAUUAUAUUCAAGGCAGAGGAAGUAAGUAACCUAGGUCUAUGGUUAAACUCUUCUAAAGGAUUUCAUUUUUUAAAGAAAAACGGUGUUCAUGGGAGGCAGUGUUAUUUAUUGAUGGUGGAUAUGACUGCAUUGAAACAGAUGGGGGAAAACGACCUUAAAGAGCUGGGAAUACCUAUGGGCCCUAGGAAAAAGAUUCUUCUUGCUCUCUUGCCUCGUUCCAAAAGGCAACCAUGAUUAAUAUUUUCAUUUGAUGAUUAGAUUCAUGAAAGUUGUCUUUAAGUAAAAACCAGUGUAUCUCUCUUUUGGGGUCGGAAAGAAAAUGGCCCCUGAAUCCAAUCAGUUCGGAUGUCAAAAUUUUGGAUCUCUAAUACUGCUGAUUCUGAUUAAUAAAAUGGUAGUGUCGACCAAAUUUUGAGAUGACA